AUAGAGUUCUUUAUAGAGCUUUGCAUGUAAAUACUAGAAAGAUGAGGGGUUAUGUGCAAAAGACCAUGCAAUUUCCUUUGAUCACGAGGACAGCGGGCGAUGGAGAUACAUUUGGGGUUGUUGGAUUGGAUGGCAAUGGCGGGAUCCUCUUCUCUGAUGGCUUACAAGAUGUUGUUCUCUGUAUUGGGUUGUGUGAUGGUGGUGACCCUCGUCUACACUCUCUUGACUGAUGGCUCUCCUUUCCGCCGUGAACUCUUGACCCCGUGGAUGGUUGCUACUCUGGUUGAUUUUUAUGUGAACGUCGUGGCUAUUGCUACCUGGGUUGUUUACAAGGAAUCAACAUGGAGUGCGUUGUUAUGGACAAUCUUGCUAGUUUGUUCUGGCAGCAUAGCAACAUGUGCUUAUAUUGUGAAGAAACUCAGUGAAAUUUGCUCACAAGAUCCUGUACAAAAUCCAGUACGACAUGUAUUUUUAAGAAUUGGUUGCGACUGGAAGACAAAGAACUUCUCUAUUGUAUUUCUGAAAAUUCUUUUCAGCGUGUUGGGCCUCGUAGUAUUUACAACUGUUGUAUAUACUCUGAUUACUGAUGGCUCUCCUUUUCGUAUGGAGCUCUUGACACCGUGGAUGGCUGCGACAUUAAUUGACUUUUAUAUAAAUGUUGUUGCCAUAUCGGUAUGGGUCAUUCACAGAGAGUCAUCAUGGAUAACUUCAUUCAUAUGGAUUAUAUUCUUGAUAUGUUUUGGCAGCAUCACGACGUGCGUAUACAUCGUUGUACAACUCUUCCAUCUCUCACGCCAAGAUCAAAGCACCGUAGUUUAUUCGGCCAUCACCGACAAGUCCGACACCAAAACAAGAAAGUAGGAGAUCUUAAGCUAAAUCAUGCACCCUGUGUCUCUAAACAUUUCACUUUGCUCAAAAAUGUUUCAAUGUAUUACUGUUACAUACCCUUUGAUGUAAUAUUUGUAGACAUCCCCAUAUUUUGUUAAUAUAAAUGCAGAACAUACAUGGCCUUGUAAAAUCCUGGAGCUGCAUAUAGAGCCUUAUAAAGUUUCUUA